AUGGAUUCGGGUAAGGGGGUAAGGAAAGUCGGCUACUCUGCCUUUAAUGGAAACAGAGUAUCGCUAGCGUACAGGUGGGUGUUUUCGAUUAACAUCGAGUCGACGUUCGCCACUGGUGUCGGAGACUCGCGCGCAACUCUGCCGUCCCGCUCCGUCCUCCUUUUCCCCUGUCUUCCUCUCCAGCUAAAGGAGAAGGCCAUCGAGGCGAUGACGAAACGCACUACUGUACACGUGUUACUGUUGUCAUAUACAUUAAUAAUAUCCAAAAAUAUCAAAAAUAUGCAGUACAGUGAUUCCUUGAUAAAAGAAAGAGAAGAAAUUCUCCAAUAA